GAUUGUGGCUCGAAUGAGGAGGACGGCGGGAGCAAAUUCACCGAACACGAGGGACCUCUUUGCACAAAGCGCUCAUUUGAUUUGUCUGCACUACGGAUCCCAGCACUACAAUCUGUGCCGUUCAUCUUCGAUCCAGCGGUCGAGCUUCGCCUCUUCUGUUUCCGCGUUCUCAAUCCAAUCCAGUCGCCACCGGCCGGCCGAUGGCGACGACGGCUGCGGCUGCGGCUGCGUACGGCUGCUCGGCGGCGGCGGCGCCGUGGUUCCCGGGGAGCCCCUUCGGCCGUCGCUCCCCCCCGUCCCGCAUCCGCCUCGCCUCCUCCAAUCCCAAGCCUCCAAGGUCGCCCGCUCGCUGGAAGCCAGUUUUGAUAUAAAGCUUCCUAGAAGAAGCUUGCUUGUUCAGUUUACCUGUAAUAAAUGUGAUGCAAGGACAGAGCGCUUGAUAAACAGGGUGGCCUAUGAAAGAGGAACAGUUUUCCUUCAGUGCGCUGGGUGCCAGGUGUAUCACAAGUUUGUUGACAAUCUUGGUCUAAUUGUCGAGUAUGACCUACGAGAAGAAAAUGGGGUGAAGACUUGUACUGAAGACUGAUUUGGAAUGUGUCAUAGAAGCCAGGCAUGCUAAGUUUUUUUUCCCUCAAAAUAUAUUAGGUUUGAGUCUUGACAAUAUUGACUAUUUGAACCUUGUAGAUUGUUUAUAUUGAACAGUAUUUGUGCAUUGAAAUAGCACGUUACUCAGUUCAUAACUGGGUUUAUAUGCACUCAAA